AUGAGUGCCCACGUUCCGGCAAAGGUGGACGAGACCUGCCUGCCCCUUGCCCAUCAGGUGCACCGUAUUGUAAAGCAGGCUCUGAAGCGCUACAGCGAGGACCGCAUCGGGAUGGUGGACUAUGCUCUGGAAUCGGGAGGGGCCAGCGUUAUCAGUACCCGAUGUUCCGAGACCUACGAGACCAAGACGGCCCUCCUCAGCCUCUUCGGCAUCCCCCUGUGGUACCAAUCCCAGUCUCCCCGAGUCAUUCUCCAGCCAGACGUGCACCCAGGCAACUGCUGGGCCUUCCAGGGGCCCCAGGGCUUUGCUGUGGUUCGCCUUUCUGCCCGCAUCCGCCCCACUGCUGUCACCUUAGAGCACGUGCCCAAAUCCUUGUCACCCAACAGCACCAUCUCCAGUGCCCCCAAGGACUUUGCCAUCUUUGGUUUCGACGAAGACCUGCAGCAGGAGGGGAUGCUCCUUGGCCAGUUCACGUACGACCAGGAUGGGGAGCCCAUUCAGACGUUUUAUUUUCAGGGCCCUAAAAUGGCCACGUACCAGGUGGUGGAGCUGCGGAUCUUGACUAACUGGGGCCACCCCGAGUACACCUGCAUCUACCGCUUCAGGGUGCAUGGGGAACCCGCCCACUAGGCCCUCUGUGUGCCGCUGCCGCCGCCAGCGGGGAGACCAGCUCCUCUCAGCACGUGCUCCUGCUCUGGGGGUAGCUGCACAGCAGCCCCGCCUCUUCCCCCACACGCUUGAAGCGCACUGACUUCCAGGAAGAAGAAAGAAGAGCCCCUGGCCCGGUGGAGAUGAGAAGGAACGCGCAGGCUCUUCCUGAGCGGUGGGUGGCUCGAGCGGUCAGCAGGCUCCGGCGUCUCUUCUCCUUCUCUGUUCUCUGCGUGCCGGGCACUGGGCAUCUUCUUCUCCCUCCUGCGAGGGUGUAUAUAUGUCGCAUGUUGUGGGAAAUCGAGGCAGGGAGAGACGGGAUGAGUGCCCACGUUCCGGCAAAGGUGGACGAGACCUGCCUGCCCCUUGCCCAUGUGCGGGGGCUGGCACCCAGGGAGCUGCAUAAAUGAAGCAGGUGCCAAAGCCGUGGGUGAAACGGGCUAGGGCCUGGGGCAGCUGAGCUGUGCCCCCUCCCUAGGCAGAGGAGUGAGGUCCUCUGGGAGGAGGGUGCAGGCUGGGACUGGUCCCCAGGCAGGAAGCUCCUGGGAGAAGGCAGCUGGGCUCCUCCAGAAAGCAACUCCUGAAGGGCUUCUAUACACUGUAUUUGUCCUGGGUCAGGGUGGGCCAUGGGGCGGUUAUACUCCGGAGGGUCUGGCUCCUGGGAGCCUGAGGGUUACUGCUUCUGUGGCCCUGUAGGAGUCCCCUCUGCUGGGGCAGUAGUUGCUUUCUCUCUCCUGAUGCUGGGGCUGGGGCCCACUCUGCUCGCCACUCCUGCUAGGGCCCCCCUGUGCCCCAGCGCAAGCUUGCUGCAUUCCCCCCGGGUGCCCAGACCUGUCCUUCGAGGCCAUCAACGUCUGGGGUCAGCCAGAAGUGUUCAGGGGACUCCCUGGGCUUUUGUGGUGGCCCAGCGAUACAAUGACUGACAGUGACACUCAGGGUGCCACGGUGGGAGGAGGUCUGUCUGCACUGUUGGCCCUACCCCACCCCUAUCAGGCCGCUGAUGUAAGAGGCCCCCUAACCCUAAGCCACCCCCACCCCGGGGGGCUCUCUCAGCUCUUGCUCAAUUCUGUUUCUAUUCUGACUCAUUUUCUAUGGGGGACAGUCGGUGGGGGGGGGGGGGCUGGCUUAGGAGGGGGGGCUGAGGUGGGAGCUUUUGGACCCAGCAGGCCCUGCUCUAUUAUGUAUGUAUUUUUCAAGGUCUGUUUUUUAACUGAAAAGCUAAGGG